AUGGAUGGACUCGACGAAGUUGCGAUUUCCACUCUAAAAGCUGCUAACAUUGGGGAAGACAUUUUACCAACUCUCUCACGAGAGGAUAUCCGAGAUCUCUUUCCUGGUCCUGAGCACUUCCUGCGGCGCAAAGCCAUUUGGUUUUUGACUCAUAAGGAAGAACAGGGGCACACCAUUCCUGUUGAAGUCCAAGGUUCAUCAGCAGAUGAUGAACAUACUGAAAGUUCAAAACAAGAUGACCCCAGCACUUCAAAGUUUUUAAAGUUACCCAGCCCAGAAUAUGUUCUCUUCACUGACAGUGAACUACAACACGUGAGACGGACAUACUUUGAGCAGCAGCGUCUUGGAAAAGAGGGUGACGUCACCUUAUCGAAGGAGCUGUUCUGCCGGCUCAUCCGAAAUACCAUGACAAACAUGAUAUCAAUUGCAAGAGCAUCUUCAGAAGACUACAAAUAUCCCACUAAACAUGAAGUUAUUGCCAUGGCAAAACGGUUAGUGGAAUACUACCCUAUGAUGAAAGAUAAGUCAACUGGAUCUAGGCAUGAGUGGGACACUGUUGCCAAAAAGCUCCUGAAGCGACUUUCAAAUAUCCGAAGUCCCGUGAAGGCCAAACAGCCUCCUUCCAAAAGAGCACGUCAGGACAGAGGACCUUCUGCUGCAGUGGCAAGUGACUAUGACGCUGAUUCCAGUGCAUCAACAGUCAAUCUGUCACCACCUUCAAGAUCAAGCACUCCAAGGCAAGAAAAUGACAACAUCGAUGAAGCAUCUGAUGCUCCAGACAACAGCCUUGACAGCCAGAAAACCCAGGCAAGACAUUACAGGACUCUACAAGAAAUGUACAAAGCAAAAAAGCCAAACAAAGCUGCUGUAACCCAUCUAUUAAACCUGGAGUUCCAGUCCAGAAGAAAUUUCAUUGACUCGAAUGCUUUGAAGAAGCAAGACAAACCAACAAAAAUUUUGAAAGCAUACCCCUGCUUCAAAGAACUGGACCAUGCAAUGGAUGAACUGCGGAGAAUCAUUGAGCCAGACAAUUGCAAAUACAUUUCCGAGGUGAAGGGCAGGUGGGAGACCUUCUACUCCAAGGUUCAGUUUUAUGGAGUGAUGAAGAAAGUCAUGAAGCCUCCGCGGACAUUAAAUGGAGUUGAACGUGCCAUUGCUGUUUUUACUGCCCUGCCACUGCUCUUCCCAUCUGGCUCAACAGCACCGAAGAAACAGGUCCCAAUAAGUGAGGCUCUUUUCCACGUUCUGACACCCUCAGAGGAUCCCGAUACCUACAUCCACAGGCGCGCAUUUUCCACUCCUGUCUUGCUGGUUGGUGAGGAGAACUGCAUGGUGGUUGUAGAUACAACUCCAGUUCUAACAUUUGACAGAGACUUGCUCCACGAGGGGCCUCUCUACCUCCUGGCCUAUUACUAUGCAUUUCAUCUCACGUAUCCAAAGUGUCUUGCAACACUCUUGUCUGUGUUGCAAACACAAGUUCUGAGAGAUGCCAUCCACGAGCAGGAUGCAACCCCCUCGUACAAAAAGGCCAUUCAAGAAUGGAGAAUGUUUGUUGACUAAUUACCGUUUCAAACCUGUGAGGCUGUGAGACAGCUUCAGUGUUUUUUUGUUGUUGUUUUGUUUUUGUUUUUCCAUUUGCACUUGAUUUGUGCUGUUAGGAGUUUUUCCCCAUUUUCAGUAGUGUUUCAUGUCUCUGACAUACAAUAAUGCAAAACAUUCGAGUAAUUACUGUUUGUAACUUACGGAACUGCUGUUUGAGGUUACAGUGUCGUUCUGUGCCAGUGUUUUUUCCUUUUUUUUUCUAUUCUUUUCUUUUUUUUUUAAGGAAAAGUUUUAGUUCGUUUAGUUAGUCAGUCUUAGUUUUGGACUGUUCAUCCCAUUUUGCUAUACCCUAGUUGUUUAAGAGGAAAAUGUUUGUUCUUGAAUCUGCCAUACAUUAAAGGCAUAGUUGACCAAAAAAAAAUAAAAUUUUCCUCAUUUACUCACCCUUAUGUUGUUUCAAACUAG